AUGGCUGGUAAAAUCUCAUCAACAGAUGUGCAUAAAAUCCAAAGACAUAAUGUGGAUGAUAUGAUUAGCGACUUACCCGAGGGCGUUCUUCUUCAUAUUCUUUCUUUACUCCCUACCGAAGAUGUUGUAAGAACUUCCGUAUUAGCAACAAAAUGGAGACACUUGUGGACCUACUUAUCCGUCUUUGAUUUUAAAAUUCCAUAUCCUCUAUAUAAUAAGUCAAAAGACCAAAAUCAGAAUUCAGUAAAUUGUCUCUUAGAUCUAGUUGGAAGACUACUGCGAAAAUCUAAUUGUGUAGAAAGGCUCUCCAUUGACAUAUUUGUAAUUGGUGUUGAUGGAGAUAAAGUUAGUUCUUUAAUAUCUUCUGCUUCGAAGCACAAACUACAAUAUCUUAAACUUUCACUAGGUGUUCCAAUUCCAAAUGAUAAGUUUGCGUUACCCCAUUGUUUCUCGGCAUUUGAGUCAUUGAAUGAACUUUGUUUAGGACUCAGGUUCACUCUUUGUAUUCCUAGUGAUAUUUGUUUCCCUAGUCUGAAGAAAUUAGUAGUUUCAGAUGUUGAAUUUGCAAAUGAGGAGUCGGUUCAACAACUUUUCUCUGGGUGCCCUGUCUUACAAGAGUUGACCUUGUACAAUUGUUAUUGGGAGAAUAUAGAGCAGAUCAAUAUUGCAAUUUCCACAUUAAGGAAGUUGACCAUCUAUUUCGACCCUUGUUGUGUAGAUGAUGAGGAUGAUGAGAUGACAGUCAUGAUUGAUGCUGUGAAUCUUUUAUCUUUAAGUUGCACAUGCCAUGCAGCAAUACGAUUUAUCCCUGUUAACUUGACCUCCAUAGUUGAUGCGCAUGUUCAUCUUGAGGAUUACAGUCAACUUGUACCUGUACUAUAUGUUGCUCAUUGUAUAUUUGAGCUAUUGAGUGGACUUAAUAAUGUCAAAUCUCUCGAUAUAACAAAUGAUACUCUUGAGUGUCUUAUUGACCGUACAGAGGUUGACCUCAAUCUCCUUCCCACAUUUCACAAUUUAACACAUCUUUGUGUGUAUAAUUUUACUGACGAGUCUACUGCUACUAGUGGAGUAUUACCUGAUAUUCUCCGAAAGACUCCUAAACUGGAAGUUCUUUAUAUUCCUACUGUGGUACGUGAAUACUUGGUUGGUGAAGAUUCGUUAUUGAACUCAUUGCCUUGCUGCUUAAAAUCCUCUCUCAAACGAUUAUGCAUUUUAUAUUUUUCUGGAGAUGAAGAUGAAAUUGAGUUUGUUAGGCUUUUCUUAAAAAAUGCCCCAUUUUUAGGGGAGAUCCAGUUAUUCUGUGUGAGAUCUUUAUUAGCUAAUGUGGAGAAGGUGGCUGAUAUCCAGGACCAGUUGCAAUCUGUACGCCCGGGAGCAUGUGUCAUCAAAUUUUUGAAUGGCUCAGCACAAAGACAGUACAAUCUCCUGGCCAAAUUUAGAUAAUGUGGGUGACAUGAAAAAUAUGAUGAGCAACUUACCUGGAGACGUUCUUCUUUAUGUUCUUUCUUUUCUCCCUACCGAAGAUGCUGCAAGAACUUCCAUAUUCUCAAAAAAAUGGAGGUACUUGUGGACUCACUUAUCCAUCUUUCAUUUUGAAGAUACAAAUCAAAUUGCGUUGAGAGGCUUUGCAUUACAAUACAUGGAACUAUCGUCGAUAUAGACAAAGUUAAUUCUUUUGUAUCUUUUGUUUGAAGUACAAAGUCUAAGAUCUUGAACUCUCCUUAGUAGGUGUUCUAAAUGUUUGGUUUGUGUUGCCCCAUAAUUUCUUUACUUUUGGGUCAUUGAAUAAGCUACAUUUAGAUUUUAACCUCACUAUAUAUUCGUAGUGGUAUUUGUUUCCUUAGCUUGAUGACAUUAGUACUUUCCGAUGUUACCUUUGUAAAUGAGAAAUCAAUUUAACGACUUUUCUCUGGUUUCCAUGUCCUACAAGAGGUAUUGGGAGAGCAGUAGUACUUAACUAAA